CGUUUCCCGGAGGUGGCCGGAUUGUUCGUUACUGAACGAGGACAUGUUUUCGUGUCGAGGUUGUUGUCACGAAACAUGCGGCGCUCACGCCGAAGAAACGCCAUCGUCAUUGCAGCGAGCGGCGCAGACGUUCUCCAUCGCGUGCACACAACGUGUGCGUUCUUCGUUCUGGAGCCUGUGGAUGUUGCGCGCACAGUCCUGGCAUUUGUCGUGCGGAAUGCGAUAUCGCAUCCCUCACGACCAGCGCCAGGAGCGCGCGCUCAACAUCCAUGGCCUCUACGCCACUUGCGACACGUGGCACGACAUGAGGACAAUGAUGACGACGGUGAUGAACACGAUGAUAGUGACGAUUACGGUGGUGAUGUUGAUCUGGGCGACGAUGUCGCUGACGAUGAUGACGAUGUUGAUGACGAUGAUGAUCUCGAUGAUGAUGUUCGUGGUGAUGAUGAUUGUGAUGACGACGAUGAUGAUGAUGACGAUGAUGACAACGAUGAUGAUGAUGUUGAUGAUGGCGAUGAAAACGAAGAGGACGAUGGCGGUGAUUUCGAUGACGGCGACGAUGUCGCUGAUGAUGAUGAUGUUGUUGAGGACGUUGAUGAUGUUGAUGAUGUUGUCGAUGAUGAUGACGAUGUUGAUGACGUUGACGAGGUUGAUGAUGAUGUUGUUGAUGAUGAUGAUGAUGUUGAUGAAGAAGAUGAUGAUCAUGAUGACAAUGAUGGUGAUGAUGAUGAUGAUGAUGAAGAUGAUGACGCUGAUGGUGGUGGCGACGAUGAUGGUGAUGAUGGGGGCGAUGAUGAUGAUGAUGAUGGCAAGCAAGAAUCACGGUCCCGCUCGCGACUUGAAACAGGUUGCGUGAUGGAGGGGACCUUCUCGACACCACGCAUCUUCGAGUCGAUCUUCUCGAGACCACAGGCCAUGAGUGUCGAGACGCACAUUCGCUUAGCAGAAACUUUUCGUCCUUGUGCGAAAUCCGUGCGGCAUUUCAACGGUGUGACGACGAUCCACGGAGCGACCGCAGAGGACUUCGACGAGGACCCAUGGAUGACCGUCGUUCCAUGCAGGGACGCGCAUCUUGACGACUGGGGCGAGGGCAAUUGGGCCAGUAUGGAGAGUCACUGCCCUUGGGCAAGCCAGUACAAGUUCGCGAAUAUGUUGAAGUUCGGGGACCUCAUCCCACUGCCUGACGCCGUCCUCGGACAUAAGUUCCUGAACCAAAUGCGAAAAGCACUAAGCUGCAUUAGCCGCUAUUUCAGUCGCCUCGAGUGCCACAACGUCAGGUCGUCACCACGAACUUGGGGUGGCUCGAGGAAACAAGAGUUGAUGGACUGCGCUCGUCGCUGCUCGUUCCUGGACCAGUACCCGCUCCGUUGCCCCUGGAUUUCUCCACGAGCUGUGUCGUACUGCUGUGUGCGGUUGACUGUGUCCGGAUCUGAUUUCGCCAGAGUUCUGUGUGUCGCUGCUUCGAACAAGAGCAGGAAACUCGUCGACGCAGUUGUGCUCGUGUCACGCAACGAGGUUGUGAUUGAAGGGUCCAAAUUCGUGCCGAUGCGUGGGCCUGAACGUGUGGAAUCUGUGGAUGGGUGGCCAGAUUUGGUGAUAGCAGAGUUCCUCGACCUGUUGGAGGACAAGGGCAUCGCCCUCGACGUCCCUUGCGAAGUCGGUCCCGACCUGGAACUGUCGAUGCCUUUGCAGCCGUGCGGCGGUUGUGAGUCGAGUGGGGCAGCGGGGGAGGGGGGUGAUCUGGGUUUCGGGGAGGCUACACAUGUGCAGCGGGAGGAUGCCAGAGGUCAGUUUGACGACAGCGAAGAUGAGGCGACACCUCGUCCGCCGUUUUCGCCGUCGAGGGAAAGAGACAGGUUCGUGCUGUCCAUACCUGGGGUCCGGCAACAGACCGCAGUGGAUCCCGGAGAAGAGGGAGUCCUGUGUGGGUCUGAUUUGGAUCCCGCCGAGGGCCAUGGCGCGGAAGGCGAGGCCGUGGGCGGGGAGGGAGUGCAGGGCACUCCCCAAAAAAGGAGGGGAGAAUGUCAAGAAGAGUUGGUGGGCUCUUCGAAGAAACAGAAGACCAAGACCCCGAGGACUGCGGGAGAGAAACGGAAGGGGAGGGGGGUGGAAGAGGGCUACCUGGGUAGCAAACGUCCAGCUUCGAAACAUAAACAGCCUGAGUCGGGACCUUCUUCACCAUGGCCUGCCAUUGACGUGGACGCUGGGUACUUCCUGGAGUACAAAGACGGCGUCAGGACAAGGCAGGAGUUUGAGAUCAGCCCGACUCAGAUCGUUGACAUAAGGGAGUGGGAGGAUCUUUACAACCAGCGGUCGCUAGAUCCCGUCCUCGUGGAAACGAUAAGGGAAGCAAUAUGGUUUGCGUUCGAAAAUAAAGAACAGACAUACGAGUUGCCGGUCUUCAAGCUCGCACCACUGGGGCUUCAAAAACCAACUCCUGGGACCAAGGCACAACGUCUGAAGCCAGAGGAGUGGAAGGAUGAGCUGGCGGGAGAAUACUACUACUACCCGGUGUGCGGGCAACACAACGUGGCUGCAGCCAGGUCGCUGAUCGGCAGCGAGGUGGCCAAGAAGUACAAUUUCGAGCGGUGGCCGGCACGGAUGGUGUACUUUUUCGACGAUGACUUCGAAGGGUAUUUUCUUAUUGUUGAGCCACGAUGGGGCGAAGUGGACCGUCAAAAAGAAGAAGGUCAAAAACGUAAAGUCUGGGGCGCCUACAUCCACAACGACAAAUUGGGCAGAACGGAGGUGGUGUACAAAGUCCGCGUGGACCCGCCGAAUAAAAAGAGCAAAAAGGAGAAAGAGGAGGGCGAUUGGUUCGUGCAAGUGCCAGACCCGGACGCGCAUUGUUGGAAAGCAAUGGAAUCACUCAUGGACAAUGAGAAGUGUCGCGUUCUGAAAAAGGUGCUUGCUUGCGAGGUCGUUUGGGUCCAGGCCGGCUCCCCGUCGUUGGCGAAGUUAGAAAAGCUCAGCGUGCAGGACAUGGUUCAGCUGGUGAAGUGCGACCGCGUGCUGGUCCGGUUGUGGAAUUACUACCAAUUCAAACACGAGAAGAGGUCGGACGCGGACUGGAUCCUAAGGUACCCUUUCCUGAAAUCGAGGUCUGCCGUGUUCAAGAAGUUUGAAGGUCAGGGAUUGGAUGACGAGUUGUGGGAUAACAGCAGGAAACACGUUUCCGACUCAGCGAUGUUCAAGGACUGCCCGCUAUACAUGGGUUGCGACCACGACAACUCGAUUGAGGUGACGGAGAAGUUGGCGGGCCACAAGAAGUUGUCCGUCGACUGGAGAAACAAGGUUCUCUCCGUGUUGAAUGGAAGCAGACUGAAGAGCCGGGAAGUCGCACUUGCCGAAGGCGUCGUUCACAUUAAAUGGAAAGACACGGGGGACGUAACAUCCAUCGCGUCGUUCGCCAACGACCCUUUAGAGGCAGACAUCAGGGGCGCAGAGAUGAAGGAGGCAGUGGCUGCCACAAAGAGUCACACGUUCGGCAGCGUCUAUGGGGAUAUGGAACGCAAUCCGACCCAAUUCGUCGGUCUUCUUGAUUUUCUUGGCAAGAAGGAAGAGGGUGUUGUGUUCCUUGGGAAACCGCACGCGCGAAGCGUCUGGGAGCUUCUGAAGGCCGGCCGACACGUUGUUGCAAUGGAAGGGAACUCCGACCUCUUGCAAUUCACGAUGCAGGUGGUGAAAAGUGAGGUCAAUUCGAGUGGGUACAAUUGUGAGUUCAUGGUCGUGAGGCCAACACGGGAUAAGGUGUGGAGCAAGAAGACGGAUAUGUGGUUCAAGUUGAGCGAGAGGAAGAGGAACAAGAUAUACGAUUUCUUGUUCCUUCAAACGCGUCCGAGGAGGGACACUGACGCCGAGUACAUCCGACGGAAGGACCACAUGUUGGCACUGCUCGACAACUACCACUUCGCCUCCCGCAUGAACGCGAAGACGUUUAUCCAAAGGCUGCAGUCGCUGUACUUCGUGGAGUCUGAGGAGCAGUUGAAGUUAGCCAGUUAUGCUUCCCUGAUCUCCACUGACGACGAGGAAGCCAUAGGUGUGGAGWUUGUCGCCAACGCGAAGGAGGAGGAGAGCGACACGGAGAGCAUCGACCUGCAGUACGACCCGCCUCCGGCGGACCACGGCCGAGGGUCCUCGUCGGCCGGUCCGUCACCAAGCGCUGCAGCCCUCGUGUCACCAUUGGCCAAACCGGCGCAGGGCACCAUGCCGAUGAAGUUGCUGGAGAGACUUAGAGCUCUGGCCGCCCCCCCGCCCGCUUUGCGUCCCGGGUCCGUUGUCCCGCCCGAUCAUCCGUCUUGGAAGGAUGACAACAUCCACUUCCUGCUUGAACCGCAACAUCAUUCACCUGAGCAGGACUGGGGCCAUGACAUGGUUUGGCAUCCGGGAGUCAUCCAGCCAGCGAUACGAAAUGGCGAGUGGGUCAUGGUCGUGGCAAUCCCAGGCGCGGGAUGGGUGUCAUUCCCACGCGAGUCGAAGUCCAACUUCCUGCACCUCGCGAGGAUUUCGGUCCUCCAGAAAGUGAAGGUCGAAAAUGACACUUUAGCACCCGGCGACCUGUCCCUCAUUUCCACUAUCGGUCGACUGUUUAACGAGCUUCAGGACAAGUGCUGGUUGGAAUUGACGGAGGACUACUAUGAGCUCGACACGAGUCCGUCGAAGGGCGUGGUGGACUGGAAAGUGCCCCCUCCCAGUGGGCCGGACGGUGGUUUCGGGGGGGGGUCACCUGGAAGCGGAGGGGAUGGGGGUGGCGACACAGGGGGUGGCAAAGGAAUCCCACCUAUGGGGGAGAGAGGGUCUCACGGCCGCAACACGACACCGGGAGGCAGCGCCGGGGUGGCGGGUUUCGCCGUCGACCGGACUCCGUCAACAGGCACCCGGCCCGAGCACACGACACACUCCGCCGACCCCCAGACUUCGUCUGUGGGCUCAGCGAGGGUGGCAGCCUUGGUUGCUCUGGGCAUUCGCUCGGCCGGAAAGCCGAAGUCCGCCGGGAUCCGAACUACAUCGGGUGAGGAGCCACCAGAGCGGUCCGGAAUGCGAAGCUGCUCGGGGUCGGGGGAUCCAAGCACGGAUCGAGAAAUUCGCAGCAUUGCGGCGCGGGACGGAGACCGGGAGGCUGCAAGUGCAGGGUCCGGCGACACGGAGACCACGAAGUCCGCCGAGAUCCGAACUUCGUCGGGCGGGGGGUGUCGGCCAGGGAUUGUCGUGCCGUUGAGAGGGGCAGCAUGCACGGGGACGGAAGGGCGGUCCUCGCGAUUCGGCACGGGUACCGCGGAAGGGGACGAGUUUUGUGGGAGGGAAGUAGGGGAGGAAACGGAGGAACAGAAGGGAGCGCAAGAAGGGGAGGAAGAAGGGGAAGAAGAGGUGGAAGGGGAGGAAGCGGGAGAAACGGAGCUAAUUGAUUUGUUUGAAGGAAGGGAGGGUGCCGGGUCUGGAGAGGACGAAGUGGAACACAGUGAGGACGAUGCCGGAUCUGGAGAGUCGUCUAACGAGUUUGGACAACUGUAAGGAGAGCAUCACGAGGAUGAUGUCGACGACGAUGCCACGACAAUAG